AUGUUAAUUCUUGACAAGCUUGCUAGAUUUGAUAUUGAAAACUGUGUAGAAACCUGCAGAGCAACUGGCCAUAUCUCGAAGAUUAUAGAUUUCACAAGCAACAAAACUGACAUGACAAACAUUAAUGAGACACAAGAGACACUGUUAAAAGGUUCAUCACUCAAGCUGCUGAGAAGACUUGCGAGUACUGAAGGAAACUUUGGGGUGAUAUUGCGUCAGAAGAUUUCAGAACAUCCUUUCCUUUUGAACAAUCUUGCAGAGAUCUUGGAUGAUGGAGGGAGCAGCCAAGAACUUAAGGAGCUCACAGCAGGAUUACUUAGAAACCUAGCCAUGGAUGAAAAUAUGAAGGCGGAGAUAGGGCACAUGCCACUGAUCAUUAGCAGGUUGCUGCAUGCAUUUCUCAGCAAAGGUGCACCCUCAAGUACAGAUUCAGAGUUACUAAGAAUGAUCGCAGGGAAACCAUUGGCAGUACUUGCAGUGGAGAGUGCCAAUAACUGUUUGGUUAUGUUAGCGGAACCAGGGUAUGUAUUCAUCAAGGAACUCACAAUUAUGAUCCAUGAUGACAAAUACAGGUAUGUUGCGUCAAGCCUGUUGCAGAAUAUGUGUGUGCAUGCUCGACCUGAGCUUGGUAACUCAGACCUGAAGGAAGUCUCCUACAUUUUAAGAGAGGUGCUGGAAGGAAUAAUGGAUGCAGAAGGGGCAGAACUGGAGGUCCUUGUUGGCCUUAGUUCACAAAUAUGCAAUGUCAUUCCUGAAGACUUCACACGAGAACUAGAGCAUGGUCAGAUCAAGGAAAGGUUUAUGGAGAGACUUGUCAAUGCACUAAACUCAAACAAGAUACCAAGUGCUCAUUGUCCUGGAAUCAGGAGGGCGAGAGUUGAACAUGUAAUAUACAUGAUGAAGUGCGAUCCUAGCUAUGCCGUCUGUUUCAGAAAAUGUUGCAUGAUGGUACAACGUACACAUUCAAGGGCUGAAAAUUACAGGACCUUCUCGGGUGAUGCAGGACUGAUGGAGCACAGCAUACCUCUAUCUACCCUUGUGGCUAGAGCAAAAGAAUUGAUGAGCCGUGGAUAG